AUGCGACAGUCGAAGCUGAACCUCCGCGCAACAAUCGAGCAGCUACGUCGCCAGCAAGCCUCCAACGAACUGGUCAUCAACACCGUCGCGCACAGCAGGAAAUGGAAGGAGGUAUUGUGUCACUUGCGAAGCGGUCGGUCUGUUGAGGCCAUAGCAAACUGGCUGCGCCGGGGCAACCAGCUCUCCUCAGGAGCUGGCGAUAUUCCGUCGUUGAGCCAUCUCUCCGGCGCAGAUACAGACCUCGACAGCCCAACGUUAAUUUCUGGUGUAAGCGACACGUCACAUACCUUUGGAAUAUCCGACGAGCUAUUAUCAGCCAGCACUGUGAGCACGAUGUCCUCGGACUCUCUUCUAAGCUGCAGCUCCAGAUAUGAUCUGGAUACCAACAGCCAGUGGAGCCAAUACUCAGAGGCCAGCCAGGCGCACUCUAAUAGAAGCAACUCACAGCCAGCCACAAACAACUCUCAAGACUUCGCCUCCAGGAUGAACACAAAUGACCUUGUCGCAUUUUGGGCUGACUCGGUACCCUUGCCGGUCGCGCCGUCGCCAGCAAGCUCCGGAGUGGCGAGUUCGGGUGGCUCGGUAGAGAACUCCCUGUUCUGGCCCUUCCCAUUGCCGGGGUGGCCGAUUUUGCCGACUGGAGAUGCAUUUAUGGAUGCUGGGUUUGGAAUGAUGUAG